AUGGCUACAGCCAGUGUUCCUGAAGAUUCAGAAAAGACGAUCAUGGCUACAGAAGUUGACCCUGAACAACAAGGCGUGGCUUUGCCGCCAUCGGGAGGGAGACGCAUCUUCGGACACAAGAUUCCGAGAUACUCAGCCCCUAUGGUGCAAAUUGUCGUUGUUGGUUUCAUUCUCUUCCUCAACCCUGGCAUGUACAAUGCUUUGGCCGGCCUGGGGGGAGCAGGACAGGUCGAUGCCACUGCUCAGAACAACGCUGGCAUCGCCUUACAUACAACUUUUGCAGUGAUUGGCUUCGUGGUGGGCAUUGCGCACAACUACCUUGGCACCAAGUGGACGAUGGCGGUGGGCGGAAUUGGAUAUUGCGUCUAUUCCGCUGCCUUUUUGUGUUACAACCACACUCGAAAUGAAGGAUUCGUCAUAUUUUCUGGCGCAUUGUUGGGAUUUUGUGCUGCUUUUCUGUGGUGUGCGCAAGGUGUGGUCAUGAUGUCUUAUCCCACCGAAUCGCAACGGGGCCGUGCAAUUUCAAUCACUUGGUUGUUGUUUAACCUCGGAGCAGUGAUCGGAGCGGCCGUCUCCUUAGGUCAGAACUGGCGCGUGAAAGCCGGGCAUGUCACCGAUGGCACGUACGUCGGGUUUAUUGUGCUCGAGGCUACAGGCGCUCUGCUCUGCUGCUUUCUUACCCCAAGUGAGAAGAUAAUUCGUGCGGACGGCACCAAAGUGCAGAAGGUCGUCCAUCCCGGUCUGAAAGCAGAUAUCGUGGGCUUGUACACCACACUUGUCAGAGACCCCUGGAUCCUGCUCCUAUUUCCCAUGUUCUUCGCCUCGAAUUACUUUUACACUUAUCAAUUCAACGAUGUGAACGCCUACUACUUUUCCACCAGGACUCGAGCCUUCAACAAUAUUUUCUACUGGAUCACGCAGAUCAUUGGCGCUCUGGCAUUCGGCGCAUUCCUCGACUGGACGCGCUUCAGCCGUCGAGUGCGGGCACAAAUGGCUUGGUGUAUUUUGUUUACAUUAGUCAUGGCCGUCUGGGGCGGGGGGUUCGCAUUUUUGAAAAAGACCAAUCGGCACAUCAAGAGCCCGAAAUUGGACCUAUUUGACAGAGAUUACGUCUGGUAUCUCUUUCUCUACAUGGCUUACGGCUUGCUGGACUCGCUCUGGCAGGUGUUCUGUUACUACACUAUGGGGGCCAUGUCCAAUGAUCCACGCAAACUUGCUUACUAUGCAGGCUUCUACAAGUCCAUCCAGGCAGUUGGAGCCACUACAAUAUCGAAACUUGAUGCUGACAAAGUACCGUUCAGUAUCAACUUUGGCACCAGUUGGGGGCUGAUGGCCGGAGGUUUGGUUAUUGCGUUUCCGCUUUACCUGUGGCGUUUGCAUAACACUGAAAUGACGCCUGAGGAUUUCGUGGACGCCAAGGUGAUUGAGGCAAGGGAUGAUCUUUCAACCCAACCCAAGGAGGAGAUAGCUGUUGUCAGCCACAAGGGUGUCAGCUGA